UUUGCAUACUUCGUACACUUCGUAGACUGCCCACAGGAUCACGGUGCAGCACAGGAGCACGGCAGCCCCCGCAGGAGCACGGCAGACAACUCAGAUGAGCACGGCAUAACACAGGAGCAUGGCAGUUGGCAGGAGCACGGCAGACCGCGCAGGAGCACGGCAGACCACGCAGGAGCACGGCGGGGAUGGCUCCUCCUCGGAUAGCGGCGGCGCCCCCUUCGGGUUCGGAUGAGGAGCAAGGCUCGAAGUGCGUCCAGGCCCUCGGAGCCGAUGCGGAGUCCGAAGGGGUCGUAGGUGCUGGUUCGGGACUGGCUGCGAAGCGCGGCGAGCAGGAGGGCGGGCCCAAGGGAUACGACGCCGAGCAGCACGACUGUGUCGAGCAGCGGGACGGCGUGUGCGGAAGGAUGGGCGAGCAGGGCUCGGCCGAGUUCUUCGACAUCGGGAGCGUAGGCUCUCCCUCCGAGGGCCUGCCUUUCGUCGAGGAGCCCGAGGUCGAGUCCCAGGAGGGCGCGGAGUCCGUGGUGGUCGACCUGGCGGCGCACGGCGCGAAGGCCUCGCAGGGAGUACGCAGGGCUGGCGACCUCGACGAGGAUGCGGAGGCCAAGCGCGGCUCGAGCACGCCCGUGGUGGAGUCGACCGCGGGCGCAGUGCAGGCUCAGGCGGAGACCGAGGCGCUCGGCGCCGCCAUGCUGGCGAGGGAUGCCCUCCAACGCGGCGACAUCGCCGAGGGCCUUCGGCUGCUGGAGGCGGCACAGGCGAAGCACCUGGAGAGCGUGCCCAGGCGCCCUGGCGAGUGUUCGGAGUGAUGUUCCUCCUUUCCCUGAUCAUGUGUAGUUUCUGUUAUUUUGCGCAGUGCUUGCAUGAUUCUGGUGUUGCCAGUCGAAUGGGAUAUUGUGUAGUAGCUGUUCCUCUCUGUGCUGCACUAGAUGUGGUCUUGUGUAGUAUGUGCUCUUGUCAGUGCUGCAAUUGAUGGUUUGUCUUGUGUAGUAUAUGCCAGAGGCUUCGCCUUUCUGUCUGUGCUGCACUUGCUGGGAGGGGGCCCAAGGCGGCCUCCUCGGGAGGGGCGGCCCUUCCGCGGCCCCCCUCUGUUUUUUGUUUUUCCCGCCUUUAAGGUCCCGACUACAACUACAACCACAGGAGCGCAGCAA